CACACUCCAGCGCAGCAUUCGCUGAACAACAAGCAAAGCGAAGAUGAAGCUAUUGAGGUCUUCCUUGAUCUUGGCCGUGGCUAUAAGCCUGGCCACGGCAGAGGAGAAAGUGGAGAAGGAUACCAAGGCUGAAGAAAAACCAGUAGAAGAAAGCAAAAAACAAGAUAAGAGAGGUCUGUCUGAUUUCGGCUACGGUGACUUUGGCGGCGGAGAACAUAGUUUCGGCGGCGGAGAACAUAGUUUCGGUGGCGGCGACCUCGGAGGUUACGAGAGCCACGGCCAUGAAGAACAUGUGAAGACCAUCACUGUUGUCAAGAAAGUGCCCGUUCCGUACCCCGUGGAGAAACACAUCCCGGUGCCCGUCGAGAAACAUGUGCCAGUGCCCGUCAAAGUCCCCGUGCCGCACCCGUACCCAGUCGUGAAGACCAUCCACUUCCCGGUGAAAGAGACCAUCAAAGUACCUGAGUACAUCCCUAAGCCUUACCCCGUGACCAAACAUGUGCCAGUGCCCGUCAAAGUGCACGUCGACAGGCCAGUACCAGUCAAGGUGUACGAGCACGUCCCCUACCCAGUGGAGAAACACAUCCCUGUGCCUGUGAAAGUACACGUGCCCCAGCCUUACCCGGUGGAGAAACACGUGCCUUUCCCCGUCAAGGUCCCCGUCAAGGUUCACGUGCCUUACCCAGUUGAGAAAAUCAUCCACUACCCCGUGAAGGUGCCCGUCGACCGCCCCGUCCCAGUACAUGUUGACAAGCCCGUGCCUGUGCCUGUUGAGAAGCCCGUCCCCUACCCGGUAGAGAAGCCCGUGCCGUACCCCGUCAAGGUGCACGUGGACCGUCCCGUGCCCGUCCACGUUGACAAGCCUGUGCCCUACCCCGUCAAGGUGCCUGUGCCAGCUCCCUACCCCGUCGAGAAGAUCAUCCCCUACCCGGUUGAGAAGAAGGUGCCGGUCCCAGUCAAGGUGCCAGUUGAAAGGCCCUACCCGGUGCACAUCGAGAAGCACGUGCCCUACCCCGUUGAGAAGCACGUACCUUACCCUGUGAAGGUACAUGUCCCCAUCAUCCACAAGGAGGAACACCACGAAAUUCCCCACCACGAACACCAUGAGAGCCAAGGUCACGAAGAACUCAGCCUAGGAGGUCAUGAGGGUCUUGAAGGAGGCUACGAGGGAGGCUACGGAGGCCACGAAGGUGGACACGAGGAGUACCACCACUAAACAGAACUGAUCUCUUUAUAAAUUUCGUUUUUAGCUUUAAAUGUUAUCUUGUGUUUAGUUUGCCUAAGUAUUGUUUUUUGUU